GACAGACAGGUGUCGUCUUCACAGCGAAUCAUGUCCUCAUCAAGAAACUCCUCAAACUUCAACCACACCAACAGGUUCGCGCAGCCUCCGUGGCGCGUGGCGCUCUGGUCGCUCGCGUUCGCGCUGGUUCUGCUGGUGGCCGUGACCGGGAACCUGAUCGUCGUCUGGAUCAUCGUGGCGCACAAGAGGAUGAGGACCGUCACCAACUACUUUCUGCUCAAUCUCGCGGUGUCUGACGUGUGCGUGGCCGCGCUCAACGCGCUGGUGAACUUCGUGUACGGAACGCACGGGGACUGGUACUUCAGCAGCGCGUACUGCCGCUUCCAGAACUUCUACCCGGUGACCGCCGUGUUCGCCAGCAUCUACUCGAUGAGCGCCAUCGCCUUAGACAGGUUCCGCGCAGGCUUCAAGCGGGUGUUUCGCUGGUGUCCCUUCAUUCACAUGUCGGACAGUGACGAGCUGGAGCUCCAGAGCACCCGUUUCCAGCAGAACCGCCAGAGCAGCCUGUUCACGGUCACGCGUGUGGAGUCCUGCCCCGACGCUCACGCUAACCCCAGCAGACGCAAGAACUCCAGCACAAGCCGCCGCAGCAGCCUCAUGGGCCAAUCACGGCCCUCCGCACGGCCCUUGCUCAACGGGGGUCUCCACGGCAACCCCGUGAGCACCGGCGAUCAGGAGCUCAGCUGAGAGCCGCCACAGAACACUGGGCUGAGAGCCGACAGCGGCGCAGAAACUUCAGGACAGCUUCACCUUCACCAGCUAUUAUGUGUACUUCAGCUCAUAUAUAAAAUAACCCGCCACACAUAUGAAACUGAACACUUGGAGGACACACACCGCUCUGCCUGCUGAUGUUAGGACAGUUCAACUUUAUUUGAUAGUCCCCUUUAGACAACUAUAAUUAACUUCGACAACUACAUGUCAACUAACUCUCAUUAGAGUAUUAGUAGACUGUUAAGUUAGGGUUAGUAGAAUAAGUGGACAUGUACUUUCAAAGUUACAUAUAGUCAACAGAGUGACCAUCAAAGUAAAGUGUUAGAGUAGAGUUAACAAGGUUAGGAUUAGGGUUGAGUUGUAACGGGCUGUAACGCUGCUACAGAUUCAGAAUCCAGUGAAGUAACUGCAUGUACGUUGUAUUUUCAGACACCGUAAUUCAGAUGACAGGUGAUCACAUUUCGAGUUCUUCGCUAAUAUUGAGCACACAGCUGCACACGUCCUCUCAUUCUGUAGCUGUGUGCCAAUUCAGAGGCUGCAUUUUAAGACUGAAUGCAUCAGAUGUGGUGUUUCUGGACCAUGAAGGAUAUAUCAGAUGGGUCCUUCACAGCACAGACUAUCCCAAGAUUCAUUGUGCGGCCAUUUUUUAGGCUUUUAAAGGUGUACUAUGUAAUAUUGCAGCUAGCAGUUAAAAUGCCCCCUUCUCCUGAGACUCGCCGCUCAUACAGGUUUUCAGAUUGAGGAUACGUAACAGGAACGAGCGAAAAGGAAGGCGACGAGCCUUACCCUGUAAUUUGAUGAGUUGAUUUAUCGCGUUUUAAUAUUCCUCUGCUCAUAGAGCUUUUUAGAUGGAUGCCGAGGCUUUUUAGUUUGGGUAGAAUCUACAAUCUCUGACCCAGUUCAUUUGCUCACUUCUGUGGCUGCAAUACGCUCUGUUUUCCACCAACUGGCAACCUGGGCUAUUGAAAUACUAUUGGGUACUAUUAGGC